ACACUUAACACCAAGCGUUUAGAUUCGGCUGUUGAAGUCAAAAUAUACCAACAGCCAAGACAGCCGUGACUUUUAGCUCUCUCUGUGUCUCUUCCUCUCUCAAACCUCAUAGCCUACCGAGGACUCGUCAGUGUCAGCGCCUCAGCCUCAAACCAUGAACUCCUCAACUCUAGCCUCCUCCUCCUCAUCCCUCUUCCAAUUCAAGCUCACUCCCACCAAACCCACCCAACCUUCUCUUCUCCGUUUCGCCCCACCACAUUCCCAAAAUGCCCUCAAAGUCACCGCCUCCACCAACCCCCACCCCAUUCUCCAAACCGCCAAGCAAUACGCCAAGGCCGCCAUCCUCAUCGGCGUCACCGCCACCGUCUUCCACAACUCUUCCAAACUCCUCGCCCGGGCCGACCCGCCCCCGCCGGCCACAUUGACCGAAGAAGAAGAAGCAGCAGCUCCCAACCAGGGCCAAAAUGAAACCCAAGCCUCUCCGUUAUCCGAUUUCCUCGGCUCCAACUCCGACGCCGUCGACGCCCUCAAGUCGCUCCUGCAGCAGAAGCUCGAGAACGGCGAGGACGACGAGGCGCUGAAGAUUCUGCAGCGCCUCGCGGCGGCGCAGCCGUCCGUGACGGAGUGGAAGUUCCUCAUGGCCAGGGUUCUGAGCGAGAUGGGGGAAACCGGUAGUGCGCGCCAGGUGUUCGAGGAAAUUCUCAAGUCGAAUCCACUGUCGUUUGAGGCCUUGUUCGAGAAUGCUCUGCUGAUGGACCGCUCCGGCGAGGGCCACGCCGUGAUCAGGCGGCUGGAGGAGGCGCUGGCGGUGGCGGAGGAGGAGAACAAGGCCAAGGAGGCCAGGGAUGUGAAGCUGAUAAUGGCGCAGAUACAGUUCCUGCAGAAGAAUGUGGAGGAUGCGUUGAGUAGCUACAAUGAGUUGGUCAAGGAGGAUCCCAAAGACUUCAGGCCUUAUUUUUGUAGGGGAAUGAUUUACAGCUUGCUUGAGAGGAAUGAAGAGGCCAAGGAGCAGUUUGAGAAGUACCGGCAGCUUUCGCCGAAGAAGUUUGAGGUGGAUGGCUACUUGAUGAAGCCAUUGUCGAGAAUCAAGCUUUUCGGGAGCGAUGAGAAUUGAGCC